UUAUGGAACGGCAGAUUUCUUAAGAUAUCCAAACUAUCCUGCUUUACCUCUUCCCUUCCUUCCCUCACCUAUCACUGCCUCUCCGGCAACUGCUUUCAUGGGAUUAUUUUUUGGCUUUUUUAUGAAGCCACAGAUCCAGCCACAGCAGUAUACAUAAAGGCGAUAACGAGGGAAGCGGGGCCCCUUCCCAUGGGGUAUGCCUACACAUCUCUGGGCUCGUGCAUGUAUUGGUGUGUGUCAGCUGCAAAUGCUGCCACAGCCAACCGUCUGGUGUGCCCGAAACGCGAAGAUUUGGUGCACUUCUCAGGAAUCCCACCCUACGGCCUCCCGACCAUGAAAGCUGGCCUGAACGGGUUGCAAAACAUUACACAUAUUGUGCAUGUUUUAUGGCCUGUACCCAGUCGCCUCCCCUCCUGCGUCCCUCAUUCACCUUGCCUACGCAACACUGGCAGUUGCUGGCAGGCCGUUCCGCAGACGAAGAAGCAGCAGAAGAUAUUGCACUUCCCACUCCCCCCCUCC